GAAAUUGACAUGACAUGACAUUGUCAUUGAUAUUUUGAAGAUCGUAAUUUUGGAAAGGGUGUUUUCUUUUCACGAUUUUUGAGUAAAUAAAACAUUUCUUGCAAAUUAGAUAUGCUUAUAUGUGAGCAACAUAUAUCUCUAGCUUGUUUUAGUGGAAACUGAGGUGCUAAACGUGACAAAGAGCUCACAGUUGCUACUUUUGUAUGAUCCUAGUGUUUGUAUGAAUAUUUAUAAAUGACAAUGAAAAUAAACGAAAAGAAUUUGUGCGCUUUCGCGUCGUCUGCGACGCCGGUGGACCGCGACGGAUGGCUGGACAUGCGAGGCGAAGUCGGGAAAAGUUACCAGAAGCGAUGGUUCGUGUUGAAAGGCAAUCUUCUAUUCUACUUCGACAAGAAAGGGGACAAGGAACCUGUCGGCGUGAUCAUUCUGGAAGGGUGUACCAUAGAGUUAACGGAAGAAGAAGCAUACAGUUUCAAGAUAUCAUUCCAGUGUGAGGGUGGGCGCACUUACUACUUGUGCACCAACUCGCAGGCCUCCAUGGAGGCUUGGAUGAAAGCCCUCGCCUGCGCCAGUUACGACUAUAUGAAGCUCAUGGUAUCUGAUCUGCAGAGGCAGUUGGAUGAGGCACAAGCGGAAGCAGCAGCUGAAGCAGCACUGGUAACAAUAACGCCUCCAGAAGAGGAACCCAAAGUACCUCCGAGAGGGCAGAGGUACAACCCUUUCAACAGAGUCCCGGAUGGAGAGAGUAAAGCUGUACAGGGCAGUAGACAUCACAAAGAGAACCUAAGACCGGACAUGCCUCGCAAAAGGGUCCCGUUCCGUGACAUCCACACAGCCUACGGACGUAAAAUACUAGCAGACAGAAGCGAAUGGCGGGCCAAACUGAGCAAACAGAAAGAGGAUACCUCGAAACCUUUAAUACAGUUUUAAUAAGGUACAAUUUCGUUUAGCAAUUUUAUAAAGACGAGCAAUAUGAUUAAAGAGGUUCUCUGCCUAUCACUUAGUGAGAUAGAGGCGUAAUGUUAUACUAUUGUUGUUCCAAAAGCUUUGGUUAUUAUAGAAGUACUUACGCUUAUUUAGUUUUACUUUUAAAUUAGCAAUGUCUGCUUUUAAGUUGCUUUGUAUUUGAAAAUAGUGUCUGAUGUGAGGAAUGUGAAUUUGCAAUUUUAUUUAAAACAAGAGAUAUGAAAUAGAAACGUUCCUGACCAACCCAUUUAGUGUAAAAUGAAGUACAGUAAUAUUAAUCUCACUGCUAUUCAAAAUUCAAAUCUAUAUCAUUAUGAUUUAUGUUGAUUUUUCUUUCUAUCUGUGACCAUCUUAAUAUAUCACCAAUGAUAACACUUCCAAAAGAGAAUUUAAAAAAUAAUACAAUGAAACCACAGUAGUCUCCUAUAAAAAUGUGAUUAUUAUCGUAAUUAAAAAUAAAAUGUAAUGUUAGUACACCUCUCUUCCUACCGUAUCGAUAGAGGAAAGACAGGCGUGAUGUUAAUUAUUAUAAUAGAUGCAUAGUCAGUAUUACCAUGAACAAAUAUUUUGUAGUUUUGUCACUUAGUCCUAAUAUAAUGUAUAGAGGAUACUGAGGAGUUCUUCCAUUAAAAUAAACUUCAUUUGACUUUUUUAUUUUACUGAAGUUCUUUGGGCGAAGCGUCGUGUGUAAUUUGUAAUUGGAUUACUGAAAUCUGAAGCCUAUAAUGACAUUGAUAUUCAAUCUAUACAAGUGCUUCGGUCAAGGUUAUAUUUUCUGGUAAUUCUAACCUUGAGCUAUUUUAUUUUUAUUUAUACAGUAUAUAGGGUGACUGGUAAUUAUUUAAGGAUAGGUAUUUACUUUCCCAAAGAAACUGUUUUUGUAAGUACUCAUUAAUUUUAUUUUUAUCACAGUAACAAAAAAACUAAAUUACGCGCGCGUGAUUUCAGCAAUGCCGGCGCCUCGCUGCUAACAGCUUUACUCUUUGGAAAAGUUGUUUGUAAUCAUGAGUAGAAUUACGUGUUUAAAUAUCCUUCACUAAUUACCAGUCACCCUAUAUACUGUGUGCAUAUCUUCACCUUAUCAUGAAAUUAAAUGCUUGAUGUUAUGUUAAAAAAUAAAUACAGAAUUGUAUAAAAAUUGUAAGUAUUAUUAAAUAAUUCAAUUCUCUGAUCUUUUCUGCUACUUUCACAUACUUCUGCCAAUUAAUAUUCGACUAAAAUCAACGAUUUGUGACGGACCAUUAAUAGAAUAUAAAAAAAGAAAAUAUUUUUGUAUGUAAACUAUGUAACACUAUAUAAGUCCGUGUUAAGAGCCCUGCCCGAUUCUAGAGUCGGACAUAGUUUUUAUAAUAAAUAAGUAUUAUUGCAUUCACUAUUGAAAAUUGCCCAGCAGAUGUUUAAGAACAAGUUAUUAUAAAUUUUAUUUAUUUUUAAAGCAAGUUUAGAAAUGUAUCUAAGUAGCUUGUAUACUGAUUUGUAAGUAAAUUAAUUAAAAUUGUCGGUAAAGACAGUGAACUAAAGGAUAAUUAUUCUUUUCGACCUUUGCGCCAUGCACAACGAAAUCUUGCCAAGUGUGCUCCAUUCAUUUGCUUUCCCAUGAUUCACGGUAAUGACAUGGCGGUCAAACACGUAAACUAAUAGGCAAAGACUUUUGUUGACCUGCCCUACAUGUUUACUGAUGUUAAAUAAACUCGUCACCUACACAAGCUGCCUGUAAUAAAUGUUGAUUAUUCAUUUAAUUAGGUUAAUUCAUUAUGUUUGUAGUAUUAUGCGCGAUAUAUCACAAUAUAGGCUAUGAUUUAUGUCUAUUGUAAAUAGCUUCGUAUGUUUAGAACUUAUGUUUCAGUUUGUAAUGAUUAUGACAAAUGAAAUAAAGCUUUAUUUUAAUAUA